GAAAAUGGAAUCCACAGAAAUGAAAAAAAUGGGAAAAGAAGACAGAAAAGGGAAGAAACGAAAAGCUUCUACUGAAGAUUGUCUUUUUGAGGUCUUUGAAAUUAUUCUGAACUACAAUGGACAGUUUGAAGACUUUGGUUAUUUUAAUGAGGAUGUGGCUGUUAGAAAAUUUCAUAUUGAGGAUAUAGGAUUAAAUAGUCUAGAUAAGUGGUUACUUGAAUUGAAGGUUGAGGGAUUGUUAAUGUAUUAUUGGAGGCGGGCUGGCAUGUAUACUGAAGAAUUAAUUCCCAUGGAAAAUGAUGACCAUGUCAUGGACAUGGCACUGGCUGGGACACAAGAUGGUAGUGUUGAUGUGUAUGUUAGGAAGUUAAGCUGUGUUGACGUGUGCAACCUAAGGCCUGUAUUUGGACACACAUUAUUUGAGUUGAAAGAACUUGAAGAUGGGGAUGAUGCAUUGGAGCUACAGGGUGUUGGUGAGGCUAAACCAGUGGGGGUGCUGCAGAUUGAAGGUCCUGUGGAAGCAGUGGAGGUGCUGCAGAUUGAAGGUCCCGGUGAACCAGUGGAGGUCCUGCAUGUUGAAGGUCAAGAAGAAGGUGAACCACUGGAUUUGCUGCAAAUUGAAGCAGUUGAAGAACCCUCGGAGGAGGAGUAG